AAUUUUUCCAAUUACAUCCUAAAAUAGUGAGGCUGUGCGUGAAUUGUGUUCUUUUUUGAUGUUAUUUGUGGUUCUGGGUUGUUGGGUUUUGAUUUUUAUUGAUUUGGGAAGGAGCGGUGCUUCGUUGAUUGGUGUUCGUGGAUCCCAUUUCGCUUUUGUUGGAUUUUGGAUUGAUUUUUGGGAUUUUUCUUUGGUUUUUGAGCGAUCUGUAUUGGAUUCAGCUGGCUUCUGUUAUACGAUUGGAUCUGGUGUUGAUCGGGUGGUGCUUUGUAUCUCCCGAAGCUGAUGCAUUGGAUGCUAAAAAAAAUUUGGAUUUUGAUUCAUGGGUCUUCGUUAUUUUGCUUCAGUGUUAUUGUUCUAGAUCGGAUCUGAUUUAUAGCAGGGGGAGGAGAAUGGAGACCGAUCAUGGCAAGCUAUUUAUCGGGGGCAUCUCGUGGGAGACGAAUGAGGACCGGCUUCGCGAGUACUUCCAGAGCUUCGGCGAGGUGGUGGAAGCCGUCAUCAUGCGGGACCGAACCACCGGUCGCGCUCGCGGUUUCGGUUUCAUCGUGUUUGCUGAUCCGUCCGUCGCAGAGAGAGUCGUCAUGGAGAAGCAUAUGAUCGAUGGCCGCAUGGUGGAGGCCAAAAAAGCUAUUCCUCGUGAUGAUAAUCAGGCCAUUAACAAGAGCAAUGGCAGUGCCCACGGUUCUUCUCCCAGCCCGGGCCGCAUCAGAAAGAUAUUUGUGGGAGGCCUCCCGUCGACGGUGACGGAGGCCGACUUCAAGAAGUACUUUGAUCAGUUCGGGACCAUCGUCGAUGUCGUCGUGAUGUACGAUCACAACACACAGAGGCCGAGGGGCUUUGGCUUCAUCACAUUUGACUCGGAGGAUGCUGUGGAUCGGGCAUUGCUCAAAACCUUCCACGAGCUGAACGGUAAGAUGGUUGAGGUGAAGAGGGCUGUGCCGAAAGAAUUAUCCCCUGGGAUCAACACGCGUUCUCCUAAUGCAGGGUAUAAUUAUAACUAUGGUUUGAGUAGGGGAAAUAGCUUUCUUACUGGAUACAAUCAAGGGCUCAGCCCAAGCUCUAUAAGCGGUUAUGGAAUGAGGAUGGAUGGAAGACUUGGGCUGCUAGCUGGUGCGCGUGGUAAUGGUUACUCUUUGUUUGGUUCUGGAUACGGAAUUGGAAUGAAUAUUGAGCCAGGGAUAAAUCCAAGUUUUGAUAGAAGCAGAAACUUCAAUAAUAGCCUAAAUUAUGGGCAGCAAUUGAGCCCUUAUUAUAGUGCGAGUUCAAGUAGAUACGAUAGUAGCAGUGGCUAUGGUGGGGGUAGUGAUAUUACCGGGUCAAUGCUCAGUUCAGUUGAUCGUAAUAUAUGGGGCGAUGGCGGACUUAAUUAUAGUGCUAACUCAGCAAGCUCCAAUAGCUUUACGCCAUCUGGAGGUGGGAACAUAGGUGGGUUUGGUAAUAAUAGUGCGAAUUGGGGAAAUUUGGGUGGAUUUGGAGAGAGUAGGUCUGGUCUUGGUGCAACCAAUUAUGGAAUUAAUAGUGGGAGUGGCGCUGUUAACACUUCUUUUGCCGUAUUAGGCAAUAGUUAUGGAGGCAACGGUGCAGAUUCAUACAAUAGUAACCCAAUGUACGAAGAUAUAACAUGGAAGCCUGCAUCUUCUGAGCUCGAUGGGUCUGGCCCAUUUGGUUAUCAGCUUGGGAAUGGAGCUUCAGAUGACACAAUGAGGAUCCGGCAUCUUCGAUAAUCUGCUAUAGUGAUACUAAAUAAGCAAACAUAUAGAGGAAUUGCUUCAUAGGGACGACAUUCUUUCACUACAGAGCUUGUCAUAGUCGAAAGAAGCCAUCCAAUCAGGUGAGACUAUUUAGAUCUAACAAGAGAGUUUGAUUUGUAAAAACUCAGGUUUCGGGGAAUCAAAAUUCAUAGGAUUUUGCAUUAGCGUUUGACAUUUUAUUACAGCGAGUUAGGGUUGCCUUUUGUUUUUCGUUUGAGAUGUGAAAGCAGAUUGCGGGAUUUAUAUAUAUAGAAGAGUGUUUGAUAUAUUUCCGGCGUCGCGCCGUAUAGACUUAUUUUGUACACAAAAAAAGGCUGUAGCAUCUAGCAGUUUGCUAGUUUGUUGUCAGGACAUUCAUUUUUAUUCUUGUGAUUUUACUGCAAAUGUAAUAGAGGUCUGAUUGUUUUGUUAGUGCAACUCUUUCUGGGACACCACCUGGUUGCCCAACAAUAACUCUACAGCUCAUUGUUGUUCAUUACUACAAUAAAAUUUGCUUCUAGAAAA